UGUUAUGCCACUGACUUCUAACCAACUAAUUGAUGCUCAGCCCAACCAGUGACCUUCAAACUCAAAUUGGAGAGCCGGGAGGCUGUGGAGGGGGCUAGUGUUACUCUGCGUUGUGAGAUCUCCAAACCUGGAGUCCCUGUUGAGUGGAAGAAGGGAACAAAGGUCCUGAAGUCUGGAGAAAAGUACCAGAUGAAACAGGAGGCCUCUGUGAAUGAGCUCCUCAUCAACAAAGUGCUGCCAGAAGACAGUGGAGACUACAGCUGUGUGUGUGGAGACCUGAAGACCACAGCCAGUGUCAAGAUCAAUGCCCAACCAGUGACCUUCAAACAGAAGCUGGAGAGCCAGGAGGCUGAGGAGGGGGCUCGUGUUACUCUGCGUUGUGAGCUCUCCAAACCUGGAGUCCCCGUUGAGUGGAAGAAGGGAACAAAGGUCCUGAAGUCUGGAGAAAAGUACCAGAUGAAGCAGGAGGUCUCUGUGAAUGAACUCCUCAUCACCAAAGUGCUGCCAGAAGACAGUGGAGACUACAGCUGUGUGUGUGGAGACCUGAAGACCACAGCCAGUGUCAAGAUCAAUGCUCUGAAGCUUGCAGCUCCUCCUUCAGCUUCUAAACCAGAAUCUAAGAGUCAGGAGUCCAAGGAAACAAUCGGAGCAAAAGCCCCUGAAGCUCCCUCCAAAGUUGCUCAAGAUGAGCACAAGAAGCAAGAGAUAAAUGAGACAGUAGAAGCUGUGACACUGCUAACUACUGGACAGACUCCUCCACAGCGGCAACUCAAACAGGAGAUUCGUGGAGAUUCUCAAGUGGGAAGUGAUGCUGUAACACUGCCCCCUACUGGACAGACUCCUCAACAGCAGCUCCUCAAACAGGAGAAUCAGAAAGAUUCUCAAAAGCUUGAACAGGGGGGUGAAGCUGUAACACGGCCCCCUACUGGACAGACUCCUCAACAGCAUCUCCUCACACAGGAGAAUCAGAAAGAUUCUCAAAAGCUUGAACAGGGGGGUGAAGUUGAGAAGAUUGCUGCUGGAACAGCUGCUGACACAAAGAGGCAGGGGACCAAAGACCCACUAGAAGAGGUCGAGGUUACAAUACUGAAGUUCUUGGAGAGCUGCGUUGUGUACCAGGGUGACGAUGUUCGCUUUGAAUGUCGGGUUUCUCGUGAGGAGGCACCUCUGGCCCAGUGGAAACUCCAGGAUGUCCCACUACAGAAUAACGAGAUGAACCUGAUCAAGUCUGAGGGCUGCGUACACAGCCUCAAACUCCGGGGCGUCACCACGGCUGACUCGGGAACAGUCACUUUCACAGUGGGUAACCACACUUCAACUGCUUCUUUGACAGUCAAAGCCGCUCCUGCAACAUUCAAGAAGGAGCUGGAAAGUCAAGAGGCCAUUGAAGGAGACAAAGCCAGCCUGUCCUGCGAGACUUCCAGCCCCGACUGCAAGGUGACCUGGCUGAAAGACUCCACUGUGCUCAUCCAUGGGCAGAAGUACAGUUUGGAGCAAACCGCUACAACGCACAUCCUGGUGAUACACAAGCUGGAUGUGAAGGACAGCGGAGAAUAUACCUGCGAAACUGGGGACAAGAACAGUACAGCUACCCUGACCGUGAAAGCACAUGUUCGCAUCACUCGAGAACUCAGCGAUGUUACUGUGACAACGGGGCAGGACGCUGUCUUUGAGGUGGAGUUGUCACACCCAGGCGUGACAAACAGCGAAUGGUGGCUUGCAGAUAACCUCCUCCAGAAUAAUGACCUGAAUCAAAUGAGCAGCCAUGGCACAGUGCACCGACUGACCCUGAAGAUGGUGACCACAGAUGAAUCUGGAGAUGUUGCCUUCGUGUUGGGAGAAGAGAAGACUGUGGCCUGUCUUCUGGUGGAGGAGAAGCCCAAAGUGCUAAUACUAGAGAAACCACACAACACUUCGGCAGUAGAGGGUGAAACUGUCACUCUGGCCUGCACCAUCUCUGACACCAAGGCUUCUGUCACCUGGAAGAGGGACAACACGGCCAUCCAAGCAGGUCUCAAGUACGACCUGAAGAGUAACGGAGCUCUUCACCAGCUUAGUAUCAACAACCUGGUGCCUGAGGACUCAGGAACGUACACGUGUGACACUGGAGAUGCACAGUGUGACUCCACCUUGACUGUGCAAGGUGCCCCCGUGUCCUUCCGCAAGGAGCUCAAGAACCACGAUGCCAUAGAGGGUGAUGAUGUUACCCUGCACUGCGAGCUGUCUAAGCCAUGUGUUCCUGUGGAGUGGAGGAAAGGAGGCCUGGUUCUCAAGCCCGGUAAGCAGUUUGAGAUGAAGCAGGAAGGAUGCAUUCAAGAGCUCUGCAUACGGAACGUGGAGCCCGAGGACAGUGGCUACUACACCUGUGAUGCGGGAGACCAGCUCACCACGGCUGCUUUGGCAGUGCAAGCGAAAGAAGUUUCCUUUGUGUGUGGUCUUAAGACCACUGACGUCUUUGUUGGGGAAUGGGCAACCUUCUCCUGCCAGCUGUCUGGUAGGGCCCCUCACAAGGUGCAGUGGUGGCUGGAUGGCACCUUGCUGGAGAACAGCCCCUUUAGUGAAAUAGGGCUGAACCCGGGCAACAUCCACACACUCACCUUAAAGAACCUGGCCACCGAUGACUCUGGCACUGUCGCAUUCGAAGCUGGCAGUUUAACAUCAACAGCCAAGCUCUUAGUCAAAGAUCCCACAGUUGAAGUGGUGAGCGAGCUGGAGGACAUUCGUGUGCUCGAAAACCAACCGGCUGAGUUCAUCUGCCAGUUCUCACGGCCGGUCAAGCCUCAGUGGAAAAAAGAUGGGCAGCCAUUACAGCCUGACGGCCGAAGGGUGGUAGUGGAGCAGGAUUGGAAUGUGGCUCGCUUGUACAUUAGCCAUGUGUCUGCUGAGGACAGGGGAACAUACUCCUGUGAGGCAGAGGGGACCUGUGCGGUCGCUUCACUUUUUGUGGAAGGAAAACCCAUUGACAUUGUCCAGGGCCUGGAGAAUAUAGAAACCUUUGAUGGAGGUGAAGUGCUGCUUGAGUGUGCCCUGUCUCGUCCUGAGAGCAAAGAUUGCCACUGGUUCCUCGAUGGGAAACCAGUAAAGGAAUCCCCUAAUGCUGAGAUUGUAACAUUUGAGAGUGGUCGUCGUCAUCUGCUCCUUCUGAAAGAGUUGCGAGUGACAGACAGUUGCACAGUGACUUUCAAAGUUGGCACAGCCUCCACAUCGGCCCAACUCUCCGUCAAACGCUGGCAGCUGGAUGUUGUGAAGAGUCUGGAGGACAAGGUGGCUGCAGUGGGAGAAAAGGUUGAGUUUAAUGUCGAACUCACAGAGCCUGUCCCUUCAGCCGAAGUAGCCUGGUAUAUUAAUGGGGUUGAGAUCAAACCCAGCGACCUCUGGGCCUUGAGAGCUGACGGCUGUUCUUAUCGCCUCGUGCUGAGGAAGGCCCCUCUAAUGCCACAGCAAGAAAUUACAUUUGCUGCUAGAGAUGCUCUCUCUUUGGCCAAGCUCACCAUCAUCACUGUACCUGAUCCUCCAGAGGACCCAGAAGUCCUCACUAAGACAGAAAAGUCUGUCAACCUGUCUUGGUUCACUCCUCUACAUGAUGGAGGGAGUCCCAUUCUGGGAUACAGGGUGGAGAUGCGUCUGGUGGACAGUUCCCUCUGGCUUCCAUGUCACUCUGACCCUGUGUUUAACACAGAGUUUGUGGUUGAAAAUCUUACAGCAGGGAGUGGCUACAGGUUCAGAGUGGCAGCCACUAACAGAGCUGGGGUUGGAGAGCCUGUUGAGAUGCCACACACUGUGCAGCUUGAAGCACCAAUCCAGCCAGCAGUUUGCCCAGGUGUAGAAGCCAAACAGACUGAGGCUGGGACUAUGGGACAACCCAGUCUGCCUCCAGAAGCUGCUGAAGAAGGUGAUGUUCAUGAGCUGUGGGAGGAAUCGGCCAAGAAACGCCGCAUGAGUCGUGAACCCACUCUGGACUCCAUCACUGAACAACCUGAGGAAGACGGUAAAGGUGGUAAAAAGAAGUCAGAGAAAGUGGAAAGUAAAUCAGAAGAGAAGGAGCUGGCCAUUGUGUCGAAGACGCAGGUAGAGUCCAAAAUUAGCACCACCUCAGAGGAUGAGUCUGUUUCCGGGGGUUCAACGCUUGUCUCCUACCUCAAGAAAAGCAGCACUUCUUCUGUCACAGCAACCAAUGAGACGGAGACUUUGACUACUGAGAAGUUCUUCGCACAUUUCAAGAUGGAAGAGCAGACAGUGCAGGAGUCUAGGGUGGAAACAACCAUAAUACAGCAGACAGAUGCAAAACAGGUGUCAACAGAGGAGACUGAGAUCAUGGAGAUCAGUAAAGAGGAUGAGCCUGAACUCAGAGAUGCUGCCAUUAAGAUUCAAGCUGCCUUCAAGGGCUACAAAGCCCGCAAGGACAUGCGCCCUGUCUUUAAAGAUGCCUUCAAAGACCAGACCAAAGAACCUAACGGCACUAUACAUCUAGAAUGCAUUGCAGAAGGUAAACCUGAUAAGGUGCGCUGGCUGAAGGAUGGAGAACCACUGACUGAUGGCAAACACCACCAUAUUGAUAUCUACAAUGAUGGCACUUGCUCACUGGUUAUCACUGCCAUCACCAUAAAAGAUACUGGGGUCUACACAUGUGAGGUCACCAACAAGUAUGGAGUCACGUCUCACAGUGGUAAGGUCACAGUAGGAACGGAGAGAGAAUCAUCUGGGCGGCGGCCGCUGACCGUGGGCUACAGUGCCGACAGCGAGCCGGACAGCUCCUCAGGAAGUGAGAUGGAUGAUUCUCUGAGACAGGCAAGCAAACGUCUGUGCCGCCUGCUGCGAUCAAGUCUCCCUCCGAAUGUUGAGGAAGAAUCAUUUGUCAGCGCAGAUGAAGGAGACAUGGGUCCUCCAGAUCCACACUCUUACCGGGAGGACGACUGUUACAUCUACAUUCGUUUUGACUCCCGGACAGAGGCUGAGGUUGCUUCAAAGAGGUUUCAGGAGAUGUUUACAAUCCAUGGGGUUCCUGUGGAUACAAGCAUCCUGGAGGCUGGGCAUCUCAAAGUGGAGCUGCGAAUUAGAAAGAUGGGCUACGUGCAAGAUGGCACACAGACCCCCACACAAGAAAGACAGCCAGUUGCGUUUAUGGCUGGAUCCCAGGCUGCCCCAGUCUUCUUGACUGAGCUACAAAGUCAGGAUGUUCCUGACGGUUAUCCAGUCAGCUUUGACUGUGUUGUGAUUGGCAAGCCCCCUCCCACCGUUCGCUGGUACAAGGACGGUAAAUUGCUGGAGGAGAAUGACCAUUAUAUGAUUAAUGAAGACCAGGAAGGCUGCCACCAACUCAUCAUCACCACCGUGCUGCCCACUGACAUGGGCGCCUAUCGUUGCACAGCUGAAAACAGCAGCGGCAUCACUGCCACUAAGGCUGAGCUCAGGGUUGACAUGUCUUGCAGCUCAGAUUAUGACACUGCUGCUGAUGCCACUGAGACAUCUUCCUAUGUCAGUGCCAAGGGCUACAUGUCCAGGGAAACUGAGACAUUUGAGUCUGUAGCUGAAGAUGAUCAGCUUCCACAAGUUGUGGACGAGCUUCAUGAUGUUCAUGUCUGUCCAGGUGCACCUAUUGCUAAGCUGCAGCUCAAAGUAAAGGGCUUCCCCAAACCCAGAAUAUACUGGUUCAAAGAUGGCCAGCCCGUGCGCCCUUCAGACAGGAUUCUGCUGCUAGCAGAGGGAGAUGUUCAUGGUGUUGAGAUCCUGGAGGUGAAGAAAGAGGAUAUGGGAGAGUACUCUGCUUACAUCAGCAACGCAGCUGGUUCUGCAUACUCCUCUGCCCGCCUGAUGGUUCUGCGUCCAGGUGAAAUGAUGCCACAAGAUAAAAGAGACCCCAAGGUGCCCCUGGUGCCGCCCCGCUUCAUUGAAAGGUUCAGCAACAGGAAGGUGAAACAUGGAGCCAGCAUCACUCUGUCUGUCAAAGUAGAAGGCUCUCCCACUCCAAUGGUCUCCUGGCUUAAGGAGGAGUCAGUGGAGGACGUCCUGUGGAUAAAGCCUGACACCAAGGGAUACAAAAUAGCAAGCUCAGGGCGCCAGCACAGCCUCAUCUUGAUGGACGUGGGCACAGAGUACACCGGCGCCUACACCUGCAUUGCCACCAAUAGAGCGGGACAGUCCAUCUGCACGGCCCACCUCGAGGUCGAUGAUGUACCACAACCAAAGAAAGAGACCAAACUCUCAGAGGUGUUUGGAUUCACAGUUAGUCCUCCAGAAGAGGAGGUUGUCAAGGCAAAAGAGAGUAAAAUGUCCUACCUAGGUGAAGUAGGUACAGAGGAAUUCCUCAUGAAACUGACAACCCAGAUCACUGAAAUGGUUUCGGCAAAGAUGACCCAAGCUUCAUUACGCGUACCAGGUGCUGACAGUGAUGACGAGACCAAGACUCCUUCUCCUUCACCUCAUCACGGCCGCUCUCGUCCUCCCUCUCUCAUCGCUGACUCCUCCUCUGAGUCUGAUGAGGGGGAUGCCAGGGGAGAGAUGUUUGACAUAUAUGUCGCAACGGCUGACUACAACUCCACCAUAUCAAACAAAGAAGCCAUCUCUCUGAAGGAGGGACAGUAUGUUGAGGUUUUGGACUCGGCUCAUCCUCUCAAGUGGUUAGUCCGGACCAAACCCACCAAAACUACACCAUCGCGCCAAGGCUGGGUCUCACCUGCCUACCUGGACAAGAAACUCAAACUAUCUGCUGAUCCGAGUGACCUUCCAGAGAAUAAUGAUGAGGAGGUGUCUGAGGGUGAAUACAAGAGGAAAUUAUUCCAACUGAUCCAAGACCUGAUAAACAGUGAAUCACAGUUUGUGAAAGAGGUCGACUUCUUCACCUCCCAUCACGUGAAGCACGCAGACAGCCCUGAUGCACCGCCUGAUGUCAGCAGCCAGAAGGAAGCCAUAUUCAGGAACAUUGAUGAUAUCCAGUCUUUCCACAGCAGGGCAUUCCUCCCAAAGUUAAAUGACUGUGAAACAGAUGAUGACGUAGCCAUGUGCUUCCUGAAGAACAAGGAGGGCUUUGAGAAGUAUCUUCAGUAUCUUCUUGGUCAGAGUAAGGCUGAGUCGGCUGUCAGUGACAAGGCCGUUCACCGCUUCUUCAAGGAGUACACAGACAAAGUGCAAGCCAGUGCAGACCCUGCAGACCCCCCUGUACGCAGCAUCAACGCCAGCCUCCAGCACCCACUGGACAGGGUACAGAAGUACAAGGCGGUCCUCAAGGAGCUCAUCAGAAACAAGGCAAAGAAUGGCCAGAACUGCUGCCUCCUGGAAGAAGCGUAUGCCAUGGUGUCUGCACUCCCUCAGCGCUCUGAGAAUACCCAUCAUGUCGGCAUGAUCGAGAACUAUCCUGCCACACUGGAAGUAUUAGGAGAGCCGAUAAGACAGGGACCCUUCCAAGUGUGGGAAGGCGCUCCUGGAAUAAGGACGUCCUCUAGAGGUCAUCACCGCCACGUCUUCCUGUUUAAGAACUACUGUAUAAUCUGCAAACCCAAGAGAGACAGCAACACAAACACACAAGCAUAUGUCUUUAAGAACAUGAUGAAGUUGAAUAACAUUGACGUGAAUGAGAUAGUGGAGGGUGAUGACCGUGCCUUUGAGAUCUGGCAUGAGCGCGAGGACUCUGUGAGGAAAUACACCCUGCAGGCCCGAACUGUUAACAUCAAGAACUCAUGGCUGAGAGACUUCAGAGAACUGCAGCAGCGAUACAGCACGCCUGCAUGGAGUCGUCCUGACUUUGAUGAAAUCCUGGCUAACUGCACAGCGGAGCUCGGUCAGACUGUAAAGCUGGCCUGCAAAGUCACUGGAGUCCCCAAACCUACGGUCACGUGGUACAAGGAUGGGCGUGCUGUGGAGGCAGACCCUCACCACAUCAUCAUCGAGGACCCUGACGGUUCCUGCACGCUGAUCUUGGACAACAUGAGCGCAGAUGAUUCUGGACAGUACAUGUGCUUUGCCACAAGCUCAGCCGGCAAUGCCAGCACUCUCGGCAAGGUCACUGUCCAGGUGCCUCCUCGCUUUGUGAAUGCAAUGAGGAAUGCUACAUUUGUUGCUGGUGAGGACACUCAGUUCACCUGUGUCAUACAGAGCGCCCCCAACCCCAAGAUCAGGUGGUUCAAGGACAGCAGGCUUCUGACUGACCAGCAGAAGUAUCAGACCUACAGCGAGCUCCGCAGUGGGGUUCUGGUUUUGGUCAUCAAAAACCUGACAGAGAGAGACCUGGGACACUACGAGUGCGAGUUGUCCAACCGUCUGGGCAAUGCUAAGUGUUCUGCUGAUUUGACUCCUCCCUCUCCUGUGGCCCGCUCUGCUGAACAGGCCAUCACUAUUGAAGUCACUGAGCAGGAGACGAGAAUACCAAGGAAAACCAUCAUCAUUGAGGAGACUAUAACCACUGUGGUGAAGAACCCACGUAUGAGGCGACACAAGUCCCCCGGCUUGACUCUUGCUGGAGCCCACCGCUCCGAGACCUCCACCCCAGAGCCCCCCACAGCCAGGCCGAAGAGGAUGUCCACUCAGAGAAAGACCACCGUCCCCACCCUCUAUGUUACUCAACCCGAAAGCGCUGAAGCCAGAGCCAUGGAGAGCAGGUGGGUGGAGGUCGAGGAGGUCAUCGAGUAUAAAGUCAAUAAAUCUCCCAGGGUGUCGAGGAGGAGAGGCGUCUCCCCGGCAACGUCCGAACGCUCAUCGACUCCUUUAAGAGCCAAGAGGUCUCCACCUGAGAGAAACCCCAACACCAACAACUCCAACAACAAGCUGCUGGAGCAGGCUCAGCUGCAGGGAGACGUCAGCAGCUCUCCGCUCUCCUGGGAGGAAGAGGAGGGGAGCGUUUCCCCGGAUGCUGUCUCUGGAGACCCCCAUGAGCUCUCAUCCAUCCUCACUCAAGCAGGAGAGGACAGCGAGGACAUGGACGAUGAUCAAACUGUCAUCUUUGAGCCCGAUGAUGAAGAUGAUAACUCUCUCGGUAAGCAAGAGCCUAAGAUCCUGACACAAGGAGGCCGUGUUCUGACUCUGGAAGACUUGGAGGAUUACGUGCCAGAAGAAGGUGAACACUACGGCUCUACCAGCACCCCCGCUGCUGAGAAGCCCUGCGAGAUCUCGGUGCUGCAGAGGGAGAUCGGCGGCUCCGCGGUGGGACAGCCGGUGCUCCUCAACGUGGGCCGGCCGGGCGUGGGGCCGAGGCAGAGGAGCGGCUUCUUCGGCCGCUUCAGAGAGCAUCUCUCCAGCAGCCUCUUCACGCCUGCGGCCCCCCCAGCCAGCGGAGCACGGUCCAGGACGGAAAGACACGUCCCCAUCCAAGUGAGCCACGCUAAGCUGGAGGUGAAGCCUUCGUACUGCUCCGAGGUGCAGCGGGUCGAGGGCGGGCAGCAGAGCUUUAAAACCAAAGUGUCAACUCAGACCUAUGGCUACACUUCAGUGGGCAACCCUGUCACUCUGCAAAUAAGUGAUAAGCUUUAUCAGAACCAGUAGAAGCAAACAGUUUGAAUUUGGUACCACACACCCUCUUAGUCUUAAAUGGGGACAUUUCUACGUACAUGGUGAAUAAGACAUAUCCUAAAGAAUAUUAGCUGCAUAACAAACCAUUCCAUUUGGAAGUUGCCUAGAAAGAAAGAAGACUCAUCUUCUUGGGUCUUUUUCUCGACAAAUGGCUAGAGUCAGAUGGUCUCUUUAGACUAGGCGAAUAAGAAAAUGUCACUGUAAGCAUGUUUCAACCCAAUCUGCUUUGUUACACCUGCAUACAUACUUGCCAACCCUCCCGAUUUCAUUGCCCUCUCCCGGUUUUCCUCCCGGGGUCAUUGUCCCGCAUUUCUCC